CUCUCCAGCGUACAAGAUCUUCUGUUGCAGGGGUUUGUAAUAAAACCACUAUCAGCAAAGAUCUCUACCUCGUUUAACGUGAUGCAAAAGUAAUUUUUGAAUCAUUAUAAAAACUAAUAAAAUUUUCAGAAGCGUUAAUCGUAUGUGCAUUGAUAUAUUGAUAAAAAGUGUAUCCAAUGAUGUUGAAUGUGCUUCAAAUGUAGUCCGUUAUCUAAUGAGUAGAAGUGGUGUUAAGUGAUAGUUGAGUUCAAGUGAAAUGUGUCUUAGACCUUCAUAUAAACUUUGAAAACUGUGUAAAAAAUUGAUCUUAAUUUAUAGUGAAUGUUGAAAGUGAUAAAGUGAAAGGUGCAAAAAAAACAUUGCAAUUGUUAAAUGGUUUAAAUACGACAAUCUCCAUUGGAAAACGAUUCAAAAUGACAACAACGCCAGCAUUCGCGAUCGUCUCAAAAAAAAAACGUGUUGUUAAGCUAUGUUGCCUUGGAGUGUUGUUCUUGACACUAGCGUAUGCAGUCAUUGUGAUAGAUCCCACCGAAGUAAUUGUCGAAGAUAAACUGUCCAUGUAUGAAGGAUCCUAUUUAAACCGCUUGUGGAAGAAGCCACCGUUAGAGGUUUUCAUCAGUAUUUACGUGUUCAAUGUUACCAAUCCGGUGGCCUUCAUGCGGGGCGAGGAGCGCUUACGUGUACAGGAAAUAGGGCCGUACGUAUACCAGGAAUUUUUGGAACACCGCAACUCUACCUUCAACCAGAAUGGUACGCUUAGCUUUGUACCCGUGCGAAGACAGGUGUUUGUACCGGAACGAUCGGUGGGAGAUCCGAAGCAAGAUCGUAUUAUGAUACCGAACAUAGCUUUGUUAGGUGUGUCAAGCGCAGCCUAUCGCAUGUCUACGUUUGCCGCAUUUGCAGUAGCCGCUGCUCUCAAGCCUCUCGGCAUGUCGCCUAUUCUAAACAUUACCACUCAUGAUCUCCUCUGGGGCUACGAUGAUCCUCUGGUAAGGAUUGCUUCAACCUUGCUGCCAGAUAUUAUUCAUUUUCAAAAAUUAGGCGUAUUAGAUCGGAUGUUUGACGAUGGAUUCGAUACGGUCACCAUAAAUUUACCCCAAUCGGUACAUAACCAACGACACGAUGCGGAAAUCGACAUAUUACCUGAAGAUAUCUCGGAUGAUCUGAUCGUAGGCUUAGAAGAAGAAUAUUAUCAUGAUUUAAUAUCGCGUUCAACAACCGAAGAACUGAUCCGUGACUAUUCAAUUGACGUUUGGAAUGGAUCUCCUGGUCUAGCUCAUUGGGGUUAUGUCGCAAAGGAUCAUUGGGAUGCGAAUAGACGAAACACACCAUGUAAUACCUUACAAGGUUCAUAUGAUGGCUCAGUUUUUCCUCGAAACAUUUCUAAAACAGAAGUAUUUAAGGUGUAUCGAAAAGCUUUCUGUCGCACCUUACCGAUAGCAUUCGAACGCGAAGGCGAAGUGGAUGGCAUCAAGGCAUACUGGUUCUCAAUUAAGGAAAAUGCAUUCGAAAGCUCUAUGGAUGAUCCGUACACAUCGUGCUACUGUAAAAACAAUCGAUGUUUACCAAAAGGACUAGGGGAUUUGAGUCCCUGCUGGUACAACAUACCCGUAGCGGUCUCCUUGCCGCAUUUCUACAAAGGGGAUCCAUCUCUUUCGCAAGCGAUUGAUGGGUUAAGCCCAAACAAAGAAAAACAUGACGCUGUUAUCAUUAUGCAACCGCAACUCGGUAUUCCUAUGAAAGCAAACAUUCGUGUACAGAUCAGCCUAUUAACAAACGUAAGCUUCAAUUCAGAGCUAAGACCAUUCCACAAUACUGUGAUUCCGUUGAUAUGGGCUGAAAUGUCUUUAGAAAAGCUCACGCCAGAGUUAAUACUUCUGCUCAACUUACUAUUCGGUAUUGCACCUUAUUUGCAAACAGGAUUCGUUUGCGUACUAGCAUUGCUGGGAGCCUCUUUAAUUGCAACUGCAGCGUUAGUAUUGUUGUGCUCAUCUGAUGCGACUACAUUCGAAUAUGAUCCAAGGAAGUCUAUCAGAUACUCUACUGUAAAUAUAAUCCCAUAUCCGUUGAGAAAAGAAUUAGAUAAAUAUGGAGAAACUGAAGUUAUACGUCGCGAGCCGCUACUUAUAGAAAAUGUCGCAUGAUGUUUUCCAUGAUUUUGAUGUGAUCGUGAAGGCUUACAGCUCUGCGAUUCUAUGUUUAAUACGAAAUAGUUGUGAUGGAAAAGGACUGAAUUUCUAUUCUUAUAGAAUAGAUUACUACCUGCGCCCACGGUUCUAACAAGCGACAGUAACCAAUUCCUCCAUAUGGUUUAAAGGGUUUUGAGUCAAAUAAUGUACUAAUUAAUCUACACGGUGAAAUGAUUCAAAUAGUUAGGGAAAGUUAGCAACGUUGCUAUGGGGGAUUGCAAGCAUAUAGGGGAAUAUAGCCAACUCCCUCUUACUUGAAAGCCGAUGGGAUUGUCAAAUAAGAUGGGGUUUCAAAUUAGAGACCUAAGUAUAUAAAAUAGAGAGGUCGUUGCAGCGCUUGAUUUUGGUCGAACAUUUUCAAAGCUUGUUUUUGACAGUUAUAUUAAAAGGUGAUCACAAACGAUUCCACACAGCCAAACACUGUUUAGGGCCAAUUGUGCAUUUUCUCCACAAAAGUAAGUGUAACUACACAUUUCCUUCUCAUGUACGUGGCAUGAAGUAUUUUUUUAAGUACACAAUUAUGAACAAACAUUGUAAAAAUGACCAAAAAUGCAUUCAGACCACUGCAUGCACAAGAACUAAACCUCAAUGCAUGCUGCGAUGAAACUAUUGAAGCUUUUCCAUCUAGCUGUCAAAGCUUUCCCACGCUUUUUGAUCAUAUGUUCUGGAUGAAUCGACCUCUGUAUUAUAUAGACUUUGUUAGAGAGGUUGAAAGUGAAAGACAAGUUCAUAAAUGCUAGAAAGAGAUAGAAUAUUUAGUAUGCAACCUUGAUUGAUGCUUUAUGAAACUGCGAACACGAUUUCCAAUAAGAGGAUGCAGGUAAUCCCCGAUAUUCGCCAUACUCGAUAUACGCAAAUUCUUUAUACGUGAUAUUCUAAACUUGACAGUUCUUCGAGCAAAUUGUACUGAUUUGACACAUUAAUAGUCAAAUGCAAAUCAAUAGUCCUAUAAAUUUCCUAUCGAUGGAAUUUCAAGAAUCAUUUUAAAAGGUACAAGAUUGUUAUCUUCCGUUAGAAUCACAACAAAUAACUAAUGUAGUGGCUAAAACCAACUACUAAAAAAAAAAUUACACGAAAAUUCUCUAUAGUUUGACUGCAAACUUCGUAAUUCGAUGUACCCGAAUACAGUCAGUAUCCGAUAUACGCUAUCGUACGGGACCGAGCGCAGUAGCGUAACUCGAGUUUUCGCGUAUAGCUGAUUCCUA